AAAUGUGAUGGCGGGAAAAGAGACAAUACGCAACAAAUACCCGCCUUGCAUAAAAGGCCGAAAUAUAGAAAUAUUUGAUUCAUUGACCCUUGAAGAUUGAAAGCGUGCAGUUCAGUGUCUUACAAAAUUGAUUUAACGUGUCUUUAUUUCCAUAAUCAGUGUGUAAUAACAAAACUAGAACAUCAUGUCUCAAUCUCAAAUUGCCGGCAAGGAAAACAUUACAGACAAUAUGGAAAAGUUCUCGCUUAAGAGCCCCAGCAAGAAAAUUCUGACGGAGAGCGCAAACAACGCUCGGAAAAUGUCCAUUACUAGUGACGACAAUGGCAGCACCAAGGAAACCAGCAGCACGGCCAAGACAAUUAUGGAGAAGAAUGCAUCUACUUUUGACCCUAGUGUGGAGCCUUUGUUGCGGGAGAAUCCCCGUCGCUUUGUGAUUUUCCCAAUUCAAUAUCACGACAUCUGGCAAAUGUACAAAAAGGCCGAAGCAUCAUUUUGGACUGUGGAGGAAGUGGAUCUAUCCAAGGACAUGACAGACUGGGCCAGAUUGACCGAUAAUGAGCGUCAUUUCAUUUCCCAUGUGUUGGCCUUCUUUGCCGCCUCCGAUGGCAUUGUUAACGAGAAUCUCGUCGAGCGUUUUAGCCAGGAAGUGCAGGUGACAGAGGCACGCUGCUUUUAUGGCUUUCAGAUAGCCAUGGAGAAUGUGCACUCGGAGAUGUACAGUGUGCUGAUCGACACCUAUAUCAGAGAUCCGCAUCAGCGGGAUUAUCUCUUCAAUGCCAUUGAAACGAUGCCGGCUGUGAAGCGUAAGGCGGAUUGGGCGCUAUCUUGGAUCUCAUCCAAGGCAGCUAACUUUGGUGAACGUAUUAUUGCCUUUGCCGCAGUUGAAGGCAUCUUCUUUAGCGGCAGUUUUGCCUCAAUCUUCUGGCUGAAGAAACGUGGUCUCAUGCCCGGCCUGACUUUCUCCAAUGAACUGAUCUCCCGCGACGAAGGACUCCAUUGUGACUUUGCGGUGCUUAUGUUCCAGCAUUUGGUACAGCGUCCCAGCCGUGAACGCAUCAUUGAAAUUGUUUCGGAUGCGGUUACCAUUGAGCAGGAGUUCCUUACGGAUGCACUGCCCGUCAAUUUGAUUGGCAUGAAUUGCGACCUAAUGUCUGAAUACAUCGAAUUUGUGGCCGAUCGCCUUUUGGUAGAACUCGGCGUGGGCAAGGUUUACAAUACAAAGAAUCCAUUCACAUUCAUGGAAAUGAUAUCUUUGGACGGCAAAACCAACUUUUUCGAGAAGAAAGUGGGUGAAUAUCAACGCAUGGGAGUCACAUCAAAUCGUUUGGACAAUGUGUUUACACUAGAUGCGGAUUUUUAGAAUUUACAUAAUCGUAUUUGAUAUCCUCACAGCUGCUGGUACCAGGUGUUAUUUAAGCACAAGUAAUUGUAACUAAAGUCAUUUAUCUCCUUAAAUAUGUUUCUAGUUUUUAAGUUCAAAAUUUGACACAAUCCCAAAAUUAUCGUCAAUGUCAUUCCUCUCACAAAGAAGCGUUUUAUGCUUUGAUCACUUCAGGCAUACUUGACUCCCAUUAAAACCUUUUACUUAUACUUCUUGAAUUAUCAUUGUAUAUAACAUUUUAAAUAAAUCUUAAUUAUAUUAUGUG